AUGUUUGCCAACUUUCAGUAUCGACAUCUCCCCGCGCUCUUCACAGCCGCCGCCCAGUGCUGGGUGGCUGAUGUGCCCGAGACGUGGACCGUUUGGCACGUUGGUAAUGCCCGCACUGCCUGUCUUGGCAUUCUCAUGUUCACCUUCUACGCCCAACGCCGCUACGACGUCCUCGACACCUUCCUGAUCGUCAACGGCGGUUACUUGGGGCUUGCGGAUUUCUAUAUUCUGUGGAACGAGGGGCUUCCAUCGACGGGCGUCUUCCGUCUUCUUAGCUCGUCGGUCUUUGCCGUCUUGGGCCUCAUCGGUUUCACCCAGGGCCCAAAGUCUUAG